AUGCGGGCAGUAGACUUCUGGAAAGCCAAUGGCCGAUUUGACACUGCGGCACUAGAAACGGCUAUCAUGAACGUCAUUAGGAAACGGAGUGACUCUCCAGAGAACGAGAUGCUCAUAGAUGAAGAUUCUAGCGGUUGCAAAGUGUUUGUCUGUGCUGUAAAAGGCGAAGAUGGUCGAGAUGUACUGCUCCGCAGUUACUAUAACGAACAACAAGCCGAUAAUUACUCCACAGGGUUUAAGAUUUGGGAAGCAUGUCGAGCUACUUCUGCUGCAACUACCUUCUUCGACAACUUCGAAAGAACUUAUAGGGGUAAAAAGCAGACUUUCAUCGAUGGCGAUCUGCAAUAA